UCAUAAUCUCUGCACCACGACGACCUGUACCACGACUCCUUGCACAACGACGACAUGUACCACGACACCCUGCACAACGACGACAUGUACCACAACGCCUUGUACCACGACUCCUUGUACAACGACGACCUGUACCACAACACCCUGUACAACUACACCCUGCACAACUACACCCUGUACAACAACACCCUGCACCACGACGCCCUGUACCACAACGCCUUGUACCACGACUCCUUGCACAACAACACCCUGCACAACGACGACCUGCACCACGACACCCUGUACCACGACAACUUGUACCACAACACCCUGUACCACGACAACUUGUACCACAACACCCUGUACCACUACAACUUGUACCACAACACCCUGUACCACGACACCCACGACAACUUGUUCCACAACACCCUGCACCACGACCCCCUGCACCACGACACCCUGCACCACGACACCCUGUACCACGACACCCUGUACCACGACAACUUGUACCACAACACCCUGCACCACGACGACAUGUACCACAACGCCUUGUACCACGACUCCUUGCACAACGACGACAUGUACCACGACACCCUGCACAACGACGACAUGUACCACAACGCCUUGUACCACGACUCCUUGUACAACGACGACAUGUACCACGACACCCUGCACAACGACGACCUGUACCACAACACCCUGCACAACGACGACCUGUACCACAACACCCUGCACAACUACACCCUGUACAACUACACCCUGUACCACGACGACCUGUACCACGACGCCCUGUACCACGACACCUUGUACCACGACCACUACGACCUGCACCACGACACCCUGUACCACGACUCCUUGUACAACAACACCCUGCACAACGACGACAUGUACCACAACGCCUUGUACCACAACGCCUUGUACCACGACUCCUUGCACAACGACGACAUGUACCACGACACCCUGCACAACGACGACAUGUACCACAACGCCUUGUACCACGACUCCUUGUACAACGACGACAUGUACCACGACACCCUGCACAACGACGACAUGUACCACGACACCCUGCACAACGACGACCUGUACCACAACACCCUGCACAACUACACCCUGCACAACUACACCCUGUACAACUACACCCUGUACCACGACGACCUGUACCACGACGCCCUGUACCACGACACCUUGUACCACGACCACUACGACCUGCACCACGACACCCUGUACCACGACUCCUUGUACAACAACACCCUGCACAACGACGACCUGUACCACGACAACUUGUACCACAACACCCUGUACCACUACAACUUGUACCACAACACCCUGUACCACGACACCCUGUACCACGACAACUUGUACCACUACGCCCUGCACCACGACACCCUGUACCACGACACCCUGUACCACGACAACUUGUACCACAACACCCUGCACCACGACGACAUGUACCACAACGCCUUGUACCACGACUCCUUGCACAACGACGACAUGUACCACGACACCCUGCACAACGACGACAUGUACCACAACGCCUUGUACCACGACUCCUUGUACAACGACGACAUGUACCACGACACCCUGCACAACGACGACCUGUACCACAACACCCUGCACAACUACACCCUGCACAACUACACCCUGUACAACUACACCCUGUACCACGACGACCUGUACCACGACGCCCUGUACCACGACACCUUGUACCACGACCACUACGACCUGCACCACGACACCCUGUACCACGACACCCUGUACCACGACUCCUUGUACAACAACACCCUGCACAACGACGACCUGCACAACUACACCCUGCACAACGACGACCUGUACCACAACCCCUUGUACCACAACACCUUGCACCACGACGCCCUGUACCACAACACCCUGUACAACUACACCCUGCACCACGACGACCUGUACCACAACACCCUGUACAACUACACCCUGCACAACUACAACCUGCACAACUACACCCUGUACAACUACACCCUGCACCACGACUACCUGUACCACAACACCCUGUACAACUACACCCUGCACAACUACACCCUGUACAACUACACCCUGCACAACUACACCCUGUACAACUACACCCUGUACAACUACACCCUGUACAACUACACCCUGCACCACGACUACCUGUACCACAACACCCUGUACAACUACACCCUGUACAACUACACCCUGUACAACAACACCCUGCACCACGACGCCCUGUACCACAACGCCUUGUACCACGACUCCUUGUACAACGACGACAUGUACCACAACUCCUUGUACCACGACGACAUGUACCACAACACCUUGUACCACAACUCCUUGCACAACGACGACAUGUACCACAACUCCUUGUACCACGACUCCUUGUACAACAACACCCUGCACAACGACGACAUGUACCACAACGCCUUGUACCACGACUCCUUGCACAACGACGACAUGUACCACAACGCCUUGUACCACGACUCCUUGCACAACGACGACAUGUACCACGACUCCUUGCACAACGACGACAUGUACCACAACGCCUUGUACCACGACUCCUUGCACAACAACACCCUGCACAACGACGACAUGUACCACAACGCCUUGUACCACGACUCCUUGCACAACGACGACAUGUACCACAACGCCUUGUACCACGACUCUUGCACAACAACACCUGCACAACGACGACAUCAUUGCCGCCGUUUCUUCGUCUGCCGCAACAACCAGCCUAAGCGCAAGCUGUGCCCAAGUGGUCAAUGGUACGACCGUGUGGCCAAGAAAUGCCUCAAACGCAAUCUGGUUACCAACUGUCCCGUCCGACGCAACUAA